AUGUCAGCAGAAGAAAUUACAACUUUAACACAAGAAGAAAUGGAUGUGGUUAUUUAUGAUGCCAGAGUAGGUGAUUUAGAAACAUUGCAAGAAAUAUUCGAAGAAAUAACUCCAAAAACAUUGACUAGUGUUAAAGAUGAUAUUACUUUAAGUACUCCUAUACAUAUGUCAAGUGCGAAUGGACAUUUGGAGGUUGUGAAAUACCUUCUAUCUAUUCUUUCAAAGGAAGACGCUACAAAAUUAGUUGCGCAAAAGAACGAGAAUGGUAACACCGCUUUACAUUGGGCAGCAUACAAUGGCCACUUGGAGAUAGUUAAGCUCCUUGUUGAAGAAUAUGAGGCUGAUGCGUUUGUCAAAAAUGAAGCUGGACAUGACCCAAUAUAUGAAGCUGAGAAUAACAAUCAAUUCGAGAUUGAAAAUUGGUUUUUGAAGAAAUAUACUGUAGAAGAAGACUUUAAAGUUGAAGAAGAUGGUGAAGAUACCAAAAUCACUUACAAGCCUGGGACAGAAAGUAAGUUGGCAGAUGAGCAAGCCAGGGAUGCGUCAUUUGCGGCUGCGGCCACGGCUACUUCGUCUUCGGAACCAGCUUCAAAAUUAGUAACAUUAGAUAUGAGUGAUUUAGGUUUUGAUCCUACUUUGAAGAAGAAGAAGAAGUCUAAAAAGACAGAAGAUGGCAUAAGGGAAUCCCCUGCACCUGAAUCAGACGCAGGUGUUGAUGAAUUAUUCUCAGGAUUGAAGAAAAAGAAGAAAUCAAAAAAGUCAGACGACUUGGAAAAAUCUGCAUCCCCUGCCCUUGAUUCUGAUGAUUUAUCUGCAUCAUUGAGUGAGCUUGGGUUUAAGAAAAAGAAGAAGAAGUCAUCUGCGAAGGAUGUUAAUGAAUUCGAACAACAAUUAGAAGAAGCAGGUGUUGAAGAUAUAGUUGCUCCAGUUGAAAAAGAUUCCAAUCAAGUUGAUGGUGGUUUAGCAUAUGAAGAAUUAUUAUCUCGAUUUUUCAGUAUUUUGAAAACAAACAAUCCUGAAUUGGCUGGUGACAGAUCAGGUCCAAAAUUCCGUAUUCCACCACCAGUGUGUCAAAGAGAAGGGUCAAAGAAGACCUUAUUUGCCAAUGUCCAAGAGAUUGCCACCGUUUUACAAAGAAAUCCAGAGCAUUUGAUACAGUUUUUAUUCGCAGAAUUGGGUACCUCAGGUUCCAUUGAUGGUGAAAAGAGAUUGGUAUUGAAGGGUAAGUUCCAACCAAAGCAAAUGGAAUCGGUCUUAAGAAGAUAUAUUAUUGAAUAUGUCACAUGUAAGACAUGUAAAUCAAUGAAUACUGAAUUGAAGAGAGAAUCAGCUAAUAGAUUACAUUUCUUAAGUUGUAAAGCUUGUGGUUCUACAAGAUCUGUUUCUUCAAUCAAAACUGGUUUCCAAGCCCAAAUUGGAAGAAGAAAGAAGCUAUAA